AUGAUGCGAUCACUAGUAUUGACGAUUUUUUGCGGUAUUAUUGUUGUUAAUAGUGCUAUUAUUGAUACGUCAAAGGACAAGAAUGAAUUUCUCUCAAAUAGUGUUGAAGAUGCAAUAAACAUUGAUGUCACAAGUGUUUUCAAUGAAGUCAUUGGUAACAACUCAGUCAAUUAUAGCAUAGAAACGCAUUCAAUUGAAACUGACGAUGGUUAUAUUGUGACUAUGCAUCGAAUCAUAAAUAAAGUUUCGAUCACGAAAAAAAAGGGCAUACCGGUGCUUUUACAACAUAGUUAUUUGUCCUCAUCGAUGGAUUGGCUCAUUUCAGGCCCCAAACGAGCUUUAGGAUUUCUUCUCGCUGAUGCUGGCUACGACGUGUGGCUUGGAAACUUUAGAGGAAAUAAAUAUUCACCUGGACAUAUAUACUAUAACCACUCCAAUAGUGAAUAUUGGAAUUUUAGCUUUCAUGAGAUGGGAAUGUUCGAUAUCCCAUCGAUGAUCGACUAUAUUCUGUUUAAAUCAUCUUACAAUAAGCUGUAUUAUAUUGGCCAUGGUCAAGCAGUCUCUGCGUUUUUAGUAAUGGCUAGCAUGAAACCAGCUUAUAAUAAUAAAGUUGCAAGAAUGUUUGCGUUGGCCCCUAUAGCAUUCUGUGACGAUAUGUUUAGUCCUGUGUUCCGAGGAAUAGCUUCGUUAGAAAAAAGAGAUAAAAAUUCUUUGUACGAAGCUAUUGGCAGAGACGAAUUCCACUUUUCAAACGAAUUGCUGUAUUAUUUUGCGAACUAUAUUUGUAAUUCUACCGAGAGUUAUCAGAAUGGCCCGUUAUGCUUUAAUAUCAUGUCACUCUUAAACGGGUUUAAAGAGGAAAACAUCGAUCAGGAAACCCUUAAUUUAAUUUUACGCUACACCUCUUUGGGCGGAGCGAGUGCCAAACAAAUAGAACAUCAGGCUCAGCUGUAUAAUUCAGGGAUUUUCCAACAAUUCAACAAUGGCCCACAUUACAAUCUUACUAAAGUUACGGUUCCCGUUACUAUUUUCUUCAGUGACAACGACUGGAUUUCUUCAAUUGAUGUAUGCAAUUGGAAUGUUUAA